ACGACGCAGAAGAAUGAGUAGAGACGACUCGCAUGUCAUUCGAGUAAUUGGCCUGAGUAUAAUCGCAUCGUAAGAGUAGUGAAUCUUCACGCGUAAACAAUUUUCACGGAAAAGAGGAAUUUGUGCGCGACAGACUAAACAUACAGAUAUCAAGCAAUAUCAAGAUGACGCGUAGAAGAAAAAGUAGAUCUAACGGAAGGAAGCAUAGUGAUCAGCCAUCCAAAGUGUUUUCUCUAGUGGCUGAGACAGAGACUCCUAUACAAAGAGCACUAAAGUAUAAGAAUGAAGGAAAUGUCUAUUUCAAAACGAAAAAAUAUAAUGAAGCCAUUGCUGAAUAUACUAAAGCAAUCGACAUUUGUCCCAAGGAGAAUAAGGAUGAACUCGCGAUUUUUUAUCAAAAUAGAGCAGCUGCGUAUGAGCAAUUGAAAAAAUAUAGUUCCGUGAAGGCAGAUUGUACAAAAGCGUUGGAACUAAAUCCAAAAUAUAUUAAAGCUUUGCUACGUCGGGCACGUGUAUUGGAGCAAAUGGGGGAUUUGGAAGCAGCCUUGAAAGAUAUGACUACCGCGUAUAUUUAUGAAGAGUUCUCUAAUCCUAUUUCCCCUGUUAAGAUAGAAAUAAUCUUGAAAAAACUUGUGAAACAACAUGCUUAUGAAAAUUGGGCAAGCAAAAAGUUAUUUAUGCCAAAUAAGCCUUCCAUCGAAUGUUAUAUUACAUCUUAUUCUACAGAUCCAGUGUUUUCUAAACUUCGAUGUCCAGAAAAUAUUCCAGAAUUUUUCAAAAAGCCACUACAAGCGUUAAAAGAUACGAAAUAUGAUGACGUAAUACCGUUGUGUACGGAAAUUAUUGAAAGUCCGGAAUUUAAUUCAUUACCUUCAACUAAACUCGAGGUGUUAUUAUUACGAGCUACAUUUUAUACACUUUUGGGCAAAUACGAGCCUGCAUUCAAAGACUUAGAAUGUAUACUGAACAUCGAAUAUGCACCCGAUGAUGUAAAGAUAAACGCCUUGUUAAAGACAGCGGACAUACAUCUAGAGUUCAUGAAUCUAGACAUGGCCUUCAUGAAUUUCGAAUUAGCCAUUAGUAUAAAUCCGCACUACAGCGAUAUUUACUAUCGCAGAGGACGGGUAUAUAUGCACAUGGGCGAACUGAACAAAGCUAAGUACGAUUUUGAAAAGGCUCUUGAAUAUGAUCCAAACUUUAGCAUGGCAUGCAUACAAAAAUGCUAUACAGAUUAUUGUAUUGCGAUGUUAAAUAAAGAUGUAAGAUUAGUUGAAGCGGCUGUGAGAGCUUUCGAGAAAGUUUUGGAAAAAUAUACAAAUCUUCCUGAAUGUAUAUGUUGUUAUCAAUAUUAUCGUACGAUGAUGUCCGAAACUCAACAGUACCAAAAAGCUCAUAAUUAUUUUAUUAAAAUAAUAAAGAAACAUUCGGAUGACACAUCUAUGUCUUUGGUUUAUCUGCAGAGGGCCUUUUUGCAAUUUGAUUGGAACGAUUAUUCUGAUAAAGCUGUGGAAUAUCUUAAAAAAGCGAUAGAAUUGGAUGAAAAGUGCAGGUCUGCAUAUGAAGCGUUAGGAUUCGUCGAAAUAAAAAGGGGAAACAUAGAAGAAGCAAUAAGAUUGUUUGACAAAGUUUUAGUAUACUGUCGUACAUUGAAGGAAUUGCUAAGCCUAUAUUACUCGAGAGACGCAGCAAAAGUAAUACUUAAUGUCAAGAAUCAAUUCGGAGAAGCAAUCUGAUUUUUUUCAGUCGUUGUCUUGAUUCAGAUGUACGUGUUGUGAAGUACGGAAGAAACCAUCAAGGAUUUAGUUAUGAUUUUAUGUUAAGAAAGCACUUUUAACACGAUAUGUAUAUAUGUAUGUAUACAUCUAUUUGCGCGCGCACUCACUCACUCAAAGUGUCCUAAAGAUUGAAGAGGUUGGAAGAAGGAGGGAGGGGGAGGGAGGGAGAGAUGAGAGAGAGAGAGAGAGAGAGAGAGAGAGAGAGAAAGA